AUGGCCACCGCGGUGGCUACGGUGCCCGCGCACCUCCGGCCGCCCAUGGCGGGCCGCAAGGUCAUGUCGGCCAUGCCGGUCACAAUCCCUAUUUCCCAAGCGGCCGUGGUCACAACGGCCACCCUCAGAGCGCCUAUCAACAACAUCAACAUAGUCAUCCCAUACGGAGCUCCUCCCAAUACCAUGGUUCCUUACGGUUAUGGUGGUCCUCCGGGCCACAACCCCUUCUCGCCAAUGUCCAAUGGAAGCGGUCAGAGCUAUUUCGGAGAGCAGCCGCGCAACUCUCAAUAUGACAUGAUGCCCUACAAUCAGCCGCAGCCCCCUGCUUUCUACGGCCAUGGCCCCCCCGGUGGACCUGGAGGCUACCAAAUGCCGCCGCACAUGGCCCAAUACCUGUACUCCCAAGCUGCUCCACCUCCUCCACCUACGGAAGUUGGUCAGCCCAAGACUCCCGCGCCUGCCCCGCCGCCGUCACCGCCGAAGCCAGACCCAGAGAAGAUCAAGUUGCAGGAACAACUUGAGCUCUUCAAGGCAGAGCAGGCUCGCAAGGAGGAGGCCGAGCGCCGGCGUGAGCUUGAGGAGAAGAUUCGGAAGGAUGCCGAGGACGCCAUCGCUCGGCGGAUGGAGGAGAUGAGGAAGGCCCAAGAAGACGCGCGAAGGGAAAUUGAAAGGGCCAAGAAGGAGGCUGAACAAGCUGCCCGUGAGGCUAUCGAGGCUGAGCGCAAAGCUGAGGAGCAGAGGCAGAAGCUGCACCAGGAAGCCAUGGCCAGAGCUGAGCGUGAGGCAAGAGAAAAGUACGAGGCCGAGCUCAAGGCCCAUGCCGAAGCAAAGGCCGCUGAAGCAAAGGCUCGCGCAGAUGCUGAGGCAGCUGCCCAAUUGAAGCUCGAGCUGGCCAUCAAGGCUCAGGAAGAUGCCAGAAUUGCCGCCGAGAAGAAGGCUGCGGAAGAUGCCGCAGCGAAGGCCAAGUAUGAGGCCGAGAUGAAGGCCACGGCUGAGAGAGAAGCCCGUGAGAAGAUUGCGGCCGAGAAGAAGGCGGCAGAAGAAGCCGCGGCAGCCAAGGCCAAGUACGAGGCCGAAAUGAAGGAGAAGGCCGAGAAGGAGGCCCGCGACAAGAUCGCGGCCGAAAAGCAGGCUGCAGCGGAUGCUGCCGCAGCUAAGGCCAAAUACGAGGCGGAUAUGAAGGAGAAGGCUGAGAAGGAGGCUCGUGACAAGAUUGAAGCCGAGAAGAAGGCUGCAGCGGACGCUGCCGAAGCUAAGGCCAAAUACGAGGCGGAUAUGAAGGAGAAGGCUGAGAAGGAGGCUCGCGACAAGCUGGCGGCGGAGGCUAAGGCCGCGGCAGAUGCCGAAGCUGCUGCCGCUGCGGCCAAGAAAGCCGAAGAUGAGCUCAAGAAGAAGGCUGCCGAAGAUGCCAAAGCCAAGUACGAGGCCGAGACCAAGGAGAAGGAAGGCAAGCUGCCGAUCAAGUUCAAGGACGCCGUCGGCCGCAAGUUCAGCUUCCCAUUCCACAUCUGCGCCACCUGGACGGGUAUGGAAGAGCUCAUCAAACAAGCUUUCCUACACGUGGAUGUCAUCGGGCCCCAUGUCCAGGAAGGACACUACGAUCUCAUCGGCCCCAAUGGUGAGAUCAUCCUUCCCCAAGUAUGGGAGAGGGUUGUCGAACCCGACUGGACCAUUGAGAUGCGCAUGUGGCCCAUGGAGAAGGCGCAGCCAGCUCCACCCCCGGGCGUGUUCCCUCCAGAGGACUAG